UGAAAACGUACACAGGACGGCACUUCGGUCGCACGCUCUGAGUGACCGAGCGCGUAGUGGUUUAGUCUGUGCGCUAGCCUUUCGUCAGACGGUCGCGGGCGCGAGGGAUUGUCGGCGGCCAAAUUUCUCGUUCUUACGCGCGCUGCGAUGGUUCCGUUUGUACUCCUGACCGUCAUCUGCUCUGCGUACCUGUUUGCCAUCGGUCCGGGUUCCUCAUACGGUGCAAAAAUGAAUCAUCUCCAGAUACUAGACAGUUUGCUGAAGAAAAACUACGAUAGACGAGCAACGCCGACGAACCACUUGAAUAAUGCUACUACUGUCCACUGCGAGUUGUACAUUCGAAGUUUUGGAUCCAUUAGCCCGGUUACCAUGGAUUACGAGGUAGACCUGUAUUUACGACAAAAAUGGCAAGAUGCGAGAUUACAACAUAAAGAUAUAACGGAAUCGCUGGACUUAAAUGAUCCAAAUUUAGUCAAAGCUAUCUGGAAACCUGAAGUUUACUUUCCAAAUGCAAAGCAUGCAGAAUUCCAAUUUGUCACUGUGCCCAACGUCUUGAUACGCAUCAAACCUGAUGGAGAUAUACUUUAUAUGCUCAGAUUGAAGUUGACAUUUUCAUGUAUGAUGGACUUGUCUAAAUUUCCGUUGGAUAACCAAAUUUGCACGAUGGAAGUGGCUAGUUUUUCAAAAACUAUUGAAGAACUUCGAUUGGAGUGGAAAAAUACAGAUCCCGUACUAAUGGCCAAAGGAUUGAGAAUGCCACAAUUUGAAAUUGUGAAUAUCGUGCCUUCCGACUGUCAAGAAUCUUUUCAAAUUGGCAAUUACAGUUGUCUAGUGGCUCAGUUCUACUUGAGCCGUAGCGUGGGCUUCCAUUUGGUUCAGAGUUACCUGCCCACUAUGCUGAUUGUAGUCAUCUCCUGGGUGUCGUUUUGGAUGGACGUCGACUCGGUACCAGGCCGGACCACACUGGGAGUGACGACACUGCUGGCUGUUGGUUCACAAUCUUCAGGUAUUCAAAGCGGUCUACCACAAGUCAGCUACGUCAAGGCCAUAGAUGUGUGGAUGGGCACAUGUACAGCGUUCGUGUUUUGCGCAUUGCUUGAAUUCACGGUGGUUAACUAUAUGUGGAGAAAACUGAGACCAGACAUAUUAAGAAACAUAUUAACAGAACCAGUGAAUGGUGGCACCGCGGGCCCAAAACCGUACGACGAAAAUCUACCCUCAUCACCAGUUAUACCAGUCAGCGUGGUCAAGAAAAUCUUACAACAAGAGUGUGCCUACUCUACAUCUGCAGAAACCAACACGGUACUGGCGAGAAAAAUCGACGAAUACUCCAGACUAUUAUUUCCGGUAGCGUUCAUAGCGUUCAACGCGCUAUAUUGGCCGUAUUAUUUACAAAACUAAACCGUCCCCGCGCCGCCGCCAACGCCACAACAACACCGAAAAGACAGAAUGCACGACCAAACUGCGUAUAAAAAACCCCUACAUAUACCAAACCACAUAUUAUUUCCCUGUUAAACUUAAUAAUUAUAAUAAACAAAAUAUAACAAAUAUUAUCAUCACAGCCCUCCGGGUUUUUUCUCCGAAAAAAUCUUACCUAAAAAUAAUUAAAUGGAUUGUGCAACUUCGAGUACCUACGCACAUAUAAGCCCCUCUACAAGUACUUACAAGCUGCGGAAUGUCGAUAUAUCUUGCCACGGUGUAAUAUGUCUACCACGGUAUAUUAAAUAAUAUACCAUGGUAUCUACCAUGUGACACAAUAUCGACAAGCGCAUCACGUAAGCGGCGUCGUCGUCGUGUGAUGAAGAAGACGUUUUGUCAUUACAAAAAAUUUCGGCAUCUGGCCCGGCUCGUACAUUUUUAUUUUAAACGUUUGAAUUUUUUUUCGUCUUAGAAAGUAACAGAAAUUCGCCGUAAACCCCUUCGCACAUCUUCGCCUUAACCCACUUAAUCGGCCGUACGGUUCUUGCGCAACAAAUUUAUAUAUUAUUAUAUUUAUACACCCACAAACUGCGAGAUUUAUAAUUAAACAACGCAGUUCAAAAACCUUUAAUAAUGCAUAUUUUAUUCAAAUUAUGAUUUUUUACAUUUUCUAGUAUAGUUAUAAUAAGGACAAUAUUUUCAAAUAUUUAGAUAUUGAGAAAAAUUGUGAAUACAGAACUAUUUUUCAAAUUUGAACUUACCUGUUUAAUGUAAAUUGUUAAAUAAGUGGUUGUUUUGUGUCAUAUAAUAUAAUCAUUUGUAGACGAAAUUCAAACUCGGUUAAUAGUAUUAAAUUAUUUGACUUAUUAUAUAGAAUAAAAACUAAAAAUACAUGAUUAUAGGUUUGAAAAAUUGACUGUGAUUAAUUUAAUAAUUAAUUAAUAAUAUAAUAUAUAUAUUUAAAUUAAUCCAUUAACAUUUUAGAAAUUUAUAUAAUUUUCCAUGGUUAGUAUUAGUACUAGACUAUAUAUUAUAUAUUUGAUGUAAAACCAUUAUUAAAAACUAUUAUCCUUAGUCAUUAAUAUUAAUAACAUAGCAGCUACUGAUUUAAAUUUCAAUUUAUAAAGGUAUUUAAAUACUUUCAAAAAAAUGAUCUACUCGACAAUAUUUACCAUAAAAUGUGUUCUAAAAUAAGUAUUUAAAAAUAUGGUAGUCCUUAAGUAUACUAAUAAAUCCAAAAAUCAGAAUUUGAAUAAAUGCAUCGUUAAAGGAAAAUAUGAUGGUGAGCAUGCUUGGUUAAUUACACUUUAUAUUAUAAUAUACACUAUACACCGACAAACUGUAA